AUGGAUCCCCACCAUCCGCACACCCAGAGCUCUUUCUCUGCGCGGCAACACAGCAACAUCCUCACUCCUUACAUUAGAAAGGACUACCCCACGACCGCCGAUGCCUAUGAUCUGCUGGAGGAGGCGGGCCGGGGCGUCAGUGCCACGGUGUGGCGUGCCUACUGCAAGGUCACCAAGGACCAUGUCGCGGUGAAGCUGCUGGACCUGGAGAACAUGAACUGCAGCCUGGACGAGAUCGUGCGCGAGGCACAGACAAUGCGUUCGCUGAACCACCCCAAUUUGCUCCCGCUCCUGGCCUCCUUUGUGCACAAGGACAACCUGUGGAUGGUCAUGCCCUACGUCUCCGGCGGCAGCGUGCAGAACAUCAUGCGCUUCGCCUACUCCGACGGCCUGGAGGAGGGCGUGAUCGCCACCAUCAUGCGCGACGUGCUGCGCGGCCUGGACUACCUGCACUCCCACGGCAUCAUCCACCGCGAUGUCAAGGCCGGCAACAUCCUGCUCACCAGCUCGGGGCAGGUGCUGCUGGCCGACUUCGGCGUGGCCGCCACCCUGGAGCGCGGCGGGUCGUGGGGCAACCGCGUGGUGGCACGCAGCACCUUUGUGGGCACGCCCUGCUGGAUGGCCCCCGAGGUGAUGGAGCAGAGCCACGGCUACGACGCGCGCGCCGACGUGUGGAGCUUCGGCAUCACGCUGCUGGAGUGCGCGCACGGGCACGCGCCCUUCGCGCGCCUGCCGCCCAUGAAGGUGCUGCUGAUGACCAUCCAGAACCCGCCGCCCACGCUGGACAGCGAGCCCACCAAGAAGACCUAUACCAAGGCCAUGCGCGAGCUGGUGGGCAAGUGCCUGGUCAAGGACCCAGCCAAGCGCCCCACCGCCGCCGCGCUGCUGGAGCACAAGUUCUUCAAGUCCGCGCACGACGCCGACUACCUGGUGCGGCGCCUGCUGGCGGGGUUGCCCUCCGUGCCGGAGCGGGUGCAGCUCAUGCGCCAGGGGCACGGCCAGAAGCCCGACGCGCAGGACCGGGAGAUCCAGGCCAGCCAGGAGGAGUACCGGCGCGGGGUCAGCUCCUGGAACUUUGACGUCGCGGCUCUGAAGGCCGCCGCUGCCGAGGCGCGCAGCGCCGAAGAGCGCCUGCCACCCAUCUCGGAGACCUCCGAGGUGGGGGAGCUGGCGCGCCAGAUGUCGGCGGCGCAGGUGAGCGAGGCGCUUGACCGCGGCAAGGCGCCCAUUGAGAGCCACGUGUCUGGGUCGAGUUCGGGGCUGGGGUCGCCGCCGCACCCCGCGGCGGGGACCAGCGGCGCCCGCACCCCCGACCGCUCGCGCCGCACGCUGUCCAAGGGCGCCAGCCUGAUGAAGGAGCAGGGGCGGUUCAAGGUUUACGAGGGUGACGAGGCACCGCCCUUCGCCACGCCCCCCGACGGCGGGCGCCAGAACGGGGCGCAGUAUCUGGACGACUUUGCGCGCGCGCGCGGGACGCCGGGCGACGCCGCCGCCAGCACCGAGGCGCAGGAGCUGGAGAAGGCCAAGCGCAAGGGCCGGUUCAGAUACGUGGAGGAGGACUUCGAGGCGCGGGCGCGCACGCCAGGGCUCGCGCACAAGAGCGCCAGCGUGGCGGCCUCCCUGGGAGAAAUGCGCUCCAUGUCCUCCGUCAGCCCCACCGGCCCUCCCGUGGGCAUCCUGACGCCCCACCUGCAGCACCUGCUGGAAAGCCUCACCCUGCAGCAGGAGACGCUUCGAGAGAUGGUGGCGGGCGUCAGCGACGCGGAGCGCGGCCGCAUGGGCGCGCUGAACAGCUUCAUCAGCGAGCGGCAGACCAUGGCGCGGGCGCCGCGGGAGUACGUGGAGCGCCUGCGCCAGGAGGUCCUGGAGCUGCGGGAGGAGAAUGCGCGGCUCCGGGAACGGCUGCGGCAGGGCAGCAGCGAGGGGCCCUCCCGCAACACCACCAGCGAGUCGCAGGGCUGA